GCUGACGACGCAUGCGCCGGGAGGGGGCGCAAUCACUGACUCGGCUUGCGGCUGCCGUUUUAAAAAAGGAAACCCCGGAGAGCGAGAGCGCGAAGGAAAUCUGGCCGCCGCCGUGAGCGCUCCCGAAUUUUUAUUUGUUCCUGCAAAGCUGCUGAAGCUCAGAAGCUGAUUCUAUCGCAUUGUAAGAUGCCUUUGGAUAAUUCUACAGUCCUCUUAAAUGAGUCUUUAGAACUUGGCGAGUUUCACUAGAUACCUUCAAUCAUCAUUUUGAGCUCAAAGAAUUCUGAGACUUACAGUUGGUCAUAUAGAACAGUACCUUGAACUUAGAGUUUCCUGAAGAAUCAGUUUAAAAGAUCCAAAGAGUACAAAAGGAGAAGUACAAAUGUCUACUACAAGACGAAAACGUAGUAUGUUAUGUUGUUUACCGUAAGCUGUAGUAAAAUGAGCUCGAUUGUUGACAGAGAUGACAGUAGUAUUUUUGAUGGGUUGGUGGAAGAAGAUGACAAGGACAAAGCAAAAAGAGUAUCUAGAAAUAAAUCUGAAAAGAAACGUAGAGAUCAAUUUAAUGUUCUCAUUAAAGAACUGGGAUCCAUGCUUCCUGGUAAUGCUAGAAAGAUGGACAAAUCCACUGUUCUGCAGAAGAGCAUUGAUUUUUUACGAAAACAUAAAGAAAUCACUGCACAGUCAGAUGCUAGUGAAAUUCGACAGGACUGGAAACCUACAUUCCUUAGUAAUGAAGAGUUUACACAAUUAAUGUUAGAGGCUCUUGAUGGUUUUUUUUUAGCAAUCAUGACAGAUGGAAGCAUAAUAUAUGUGUCUGAGAGUGUAACUUCAUUACUUGAACAUUUACCAUCUGAUCUUGUGGAUCAAAGUAUAUUUAAUUUUAUCCCAGAAGGGGAACAUUCAGAGGUUUAUAAAAUACUCUCUACUCAUCUGCUGGAAAGUGAUUCAUUAACCCCAGAAUAUUUAAAAUCAAAAAAUCAAUUAGAAUUCUGUUGUCAUAUGCUCCGAGGAACAAUGGACCCAAAGGAGCCAUCUACCUAUGAAUAUGUAAAGUUUAUAGGAAAUUUCAAAUCUUUAAACAGUGUAUCCUCUUCAGCACACAAUGGUUUUGAAGGAACUAUACAACGCACACAUAGGCCAUCUUAUGAAGAUAGAGUUUGUUUUGUAGCUACUGUCAGGUUAGCUACACCUCAGUUCAUCAAGGAAAUGUGCACUGUUGAAGAACCCAAUGAAGAGUUUACAUCUAGACAUAGUUUAGAAUGGAAAUUUCUGUUUCUAGAUCACAGGGCACCACCUAUAAUAGGAUAUUUGCCAUUUGAAGUUCUGGGAACAUCAGGCUAUGAUUACUAUCAUGUGGAUGACCUAGAGAAUUUGGCGAAAUGUCAUGAGCACUUAAUGCAAUAUGGGAAAGGCAAAUCAUGUUAUUAUAGGUUCCUGACUAAAGGGCAACAGUGGAUUUGGCUUCAGACUCAUUAUUAUAUCACUUACCAUCAGUGGAAUUCAAGGCCAGAGUUUAUUGUUUGUACUCACACUGUAGUAAGUUAUGCAGAAGUUAGGGCUGAAAGACGACGAGAACUUGGCAUUGAAGAGUCUCUUCCUGAGACAGCUGCUGACAAAAGCCAAGAUUCUGGGUCAGAUAAUCGUAUAAACACAGUCAGUCUCAAGGAAGCAUUGGAAAGGUUUGAUCACAGCCCAACCCCUUCUGCCUCUUCUCGGAGUUCAAGAAAAUCAUCUCACACAGCAGUCUCAGACCCUUCCUCAACACCAACCAAAAUCCCGACAGAUACGAGCACUCCGCCCAGGCAGCAUUUACCAGCUCAUGAGAAGAUGGUGCAAAGAAGGUCAUCAUUUAGUAGUCAGUCCAUAAAUUCCCAGUCUGUUGGUUCAUCAUUAACACAGCCAGUGAUGUCUCAAGCUACAAAUUUACCAAUUCCACAAGGCAUGUCCCAGUUUCAGUUUUCAGCUCAAUUAGGAGCCAUGCAACAUCUGAAAGACCAGUUGGAACAACGGACACGCAUGAUAGAAGCAAAUAUUCAUCGGCAACAAGAAGAACUAAGAAAAAUUCAAGAACAACUUCAGAUGGUCCAUGGCCAGGGGCUGCAGAUGUUUUUGCAGCAAUCAAAUCCUGGGUUGAAUUUUGGUUCUGUUCAACUUUCUUCUGGAAAUUCAUCUAACAUCCAGCAACUUGCACCUAUAAAUAUGCAAGGCCAAGUUGUUCCUACUAACCAGAUUCAAAGUGGAAUGAAUACUGGACACAUUGGCACAACUCAGCACAUGAUACAACAACAGACUUUACAGAGUAAUACAUCAACUCAGAGUCAACAAAAUGUACUGAGUGGGCACAGUCAGCAAACAUCUCUACCCAGUCAGACACAGAGCACUCUCACAGCACCACUGUAUAACACUAUGGUGAUUUCUCAGCCUGCAGCCGGAAGCAUGGUCCAGAUUCCAUCUAGUAUGCCACAAAACAGUACCCAGAGUGCUGCCGUAACUACAUUCACUCAGGACAGGCAGAUAAGAUUUUCUCAAGGUCAACAACUUGUGACCAAAUUAGUGACUGCUCCUGUAGCUUGUGGGGCAGUCAUGGUACCUAGUACUAUGCUCAUGGGCCAGGUGGUGACUGCAUAUCCUACUUUUGCUACACAACAGCAACAGUCACAGACAUUGUCAGUAACACAGCAGCAGCAGCAGCAGAGCUCCCAGGAGCAGCAGCUCACUUCAGUUCAGCAACCAUCUCAGGCUCAGCUGACCCAGCCACCGCAACAGUUUUUACAGACUUCUAGGUUGCUCCAUGGGAAUCCCUCAACUCAGCUCAUCCUCUCUGCUGCAUUUCCUCUACAACAGAGCACCUUCUCUCAGUCACAUCACCAGCAACAUCAGUCUCAGCAACAGCAGCAACUCAGCCGGCACAGGACUGACAGCUUGCCCGACCCUUCCAAGGUUCAACCACAGUAGCACACGUGCUUCCUCUCUGACAUCAAGGGAGGAAGGGGAUGGCCCAUUAAGAGUUACUCAAAUGACCUGAGGAAAGGAGGAAAAGUUCCAGCAGUUUCAUGAGAUGCGGUAUUGAGUGUUCUAGUUCCUGGAAUUAGUUGGCAGAGAAAAUGCUGCCUAGUGCUACCGAUGUACAUUAAAUACCAGCCAGCAGGAGCUGAUCAUAGGGGCAUAGCCAAUUCUGACAGUGUUUUAGUUGCCCGGAUAUUGUUGAUGGAAAAAGAAUAUGUUGCCAAAUGUUAAGAAGCUCAGCUAUGAAAUGACCUCCAGGGAAUCAGAAAGGCACUAAUGCUGUUAGUAACUUUUAGUGGUUCUGUGCCUCUUACCAAGUGUUACAGAGGACGUACCACUGCCAUGUCAGGGGUUUGCUUACAGUGAUGCCAUGAAGACAGUCCAGUAGACUUGGUAGCGACCCCCUCCCCGACCCCUCUCCCUUUUCAGAUAAUGAUGGAACAGUAAUUACUUUCAGAAUGUUGUGUGGGUUCAAAUUCUCUAUGUACAGAUGAUGUAAAAAUAUGUGUAUGUCUGGAUAAAAGGAGAGAAAGCAAAACAUUUUGUAUGCUGCAUGAAAGCGUUAUCUCUUCCUUUCAGGUAUGAGCACCUUUCCUGAGAUUCUGACACCAUGUGCAAACUGAUCCAUCCUCUGUUUUUCCUUUUGUUUACAACACAGUAGUGUUCUGUUCACUUUUCCGGGGCACAAGUUUUUUUGUUCAUACUUGGGCUGUGAUGUCACAGUUUGUUCAGUGAGGUAUGAUGUGCUGCUGGGAGUGGAUCUUUUUUUUUCAGGUUAAAUUAUUGAUACAACAGGAUUUUCAAGUUACUCAGAAAUAUCCCUCAUUUCAUUAUUUUUCAAUUAUGUUUGAGAACAGGAUUUGCACUGCUUUAUUUUAGGUGGUUGGGAGUUUUGAUUGCCUAUUUUGUUAUAGUUCAUAGUUGGAAAUAUUUGUGUAAAUGGUUUUCAACAAGCCUGAAAGUAAUUUCAAGAAUGUUUCAGUUAUAGAGGUAAAAUUUGCACACAAAACAUCUUAGGCACUUUUUAACAUUCUCAAUCAUGGGAAUUUUAACUUUUGAGAUUUGUUGAAAUAUUUUUUAUUAUCCUUCACAAUUUCAGUGCUUCUUUUAGUCAGAAAUGAUUCAGGGUUAUUUGAGGGGGAAAACCCCCAUAGUGCCUUGAUUUUAAUUCAGGUGAUAACUCACCAUCUUGAACUCAUUGUCCAGUUUCCGUAGCAGUUUUAAAACCUUAGUACCUUUUUAACAGCAUGUGGGUGUCAGUGUCAUUAUUAGUCUCCUAAUAAGUUCCUUUGAAGACUGCUAUCAGUCUCUUGGACUGGAGAUACAAAUAAUUUAGAAAUAAAAAAUGACAACCUAACACUAUCAUAGUUAUUAAUGUGAUCCUAAAAUUGUUUCCUAAAUCAGCAUUUUUCUUUAAAGUUAGUCAUUUAAGAAUUUACCAGAAAUAUUUGCUCAAUAUGAUCUUGAUAUUCCUACAAAAGAAAAAAAGAAGGGAUAGGGGAUUUGGCUAUGCCUUCACUACAACACUAAAAUACGGUGACUCACAUGCCUUCUAAACAUGAACUAAGGUUUCCUUGAGCAAUAUCAUAUUCUAAAAGUAGUAAAUUCCAAUACAAGUUACAUACAUUUUAAAAACACUUGAUAGAUUUUAUGGUACUAAUGAAAUUUACAGUGAUAGAACAGAAGAAGAUUAGUAGAAAAUACAUUAUUAGAAUAUAAAAAAGUUGUUACUGAGGAAAGGGAGGAGAGGACAACAAGCGUAAUAAAUCAAAUUGACCUCAAAAGAAAAUGUGUGGCAGAGUUGAGGUUGUUAAAACAGAAAAGGUUCUGAACAAUGAAAAUUGAUCUAAAUGCAGAAUUGCUAGGUAAAGAGGUCAGGGGAAUGCUAAGCCAGUUCUUAAGACUUCUCUGUCCUCUGCUUUGCUGUUAUCCUUAAGGCAUAUACUUUGUCUUUCUGCAGAAAAUUCUACCUGGCCACAAUUACUUUGAACAUUAAUGUUGAAAAAGAAAACAACCAAAGAAAAUUGGUACUUACCUUCUACACAAGAAGUGCGACUAGAUACCAAUCAGUAAUUAACAUAUCAAGGAGCUCUUCUAGCUCAGUGACCAUCCAGUAGAGAUUUCCCACAUUCCCAUGAAUAUCAAGAAUAGUUGUCAGAAUACGUAUGUACCUGAGCAUACGUACACAGACAAGGGGGAUGUUGUGGAAUAUGGCAAAAGGAUUGUUCUUCUCCCCUUUCAAAUUGCCUUUCUUAACCUUAUGCCAUUCCAUAUAUAUCUGAGUUGUGCCUCAUUUAUUUACUGGCAAUUCCUAGUGAUAUGGAUUUAGCUAACAAAAGAUAUGAAGAACUAUUAUAUUAAGGCAUGUCCUCUACAUACCACACUUAAAAGAUGGUGAACUGUGAGUACUACUUAGGUUGACAGCAACAAAGCAUAAGACAAGCCCCAGGUAAACGUGUAAACUGUUUACUCACAUUGUCCUACUCCAGCCCCUUCCAUUAUUUCCCAUCUCCACAAAUAGUUGGGGGAAAAAAUUAAAAUUUUUCUUUAUGAUUCUUACUGCUCUUCAUAGCUCAUCUUUUCCUGCUUAGAAUUAACCAUUGCUAAUUUAAAGGAGCAGCUAGCUGCUUUUCUGUCAGUCUGAAGUGUAGUAGUGGAAGAAGUAGUAAGCACCAGCUGCCUCUUUGCUGCUUUGUUUUCCUCCUGCUUCUCUUAAAUUUGGGUUGCAAAGCUAUCCCGCCCCACACCCUGCCCCAUGAAACUUGAGCAUUCAAAUGAAGAUUCAGCAGUGUCUGUUCUUCAUUCAUUUCUAUAGCCAAAGCUGUUAGUUAAAAUCCCAAAUCUUUAUCAUUUAAAGACACCAAAUAGAAACACCUUCCAGCUUAAAGAGAAAAAAAAAAAAAAAGUCUCUUCCCUCUGCUUUACUCUCACAGGUAUUCAUCUUUCUUAAAAACACUUAUUCUGGGUGGUACUUUUUAGGUAAGAAACUAUUGAGUUUCAGGAAAAAUGCUAGCUGCUCUGCAGUUACCGUGCUUUGGAUAUACAGUUAUCAUAGUUUUGGGGGAGUCAGUAUUGUUCAACAAAUGCAAGUGAGAACUACAAGGUUAAUAAAGUUGCUCCUCAGAGCGGUGUCAAACCAGAACCCAGACACUUAAGUACUUCAUUUUUGAGUGGAAAAUAUUGGAGGAACAAGUAUGGGAGAUGCCGGUAGCAUGUGAGUAAAUAACUACGGUCUAGCCUUCCAGCAUCCCAAAUUCCAGGGGUAACUUGAGAGUGCUGUGCUCUCCUUUGUCAUUUGUAUCUGGCUUAGGAAUGUACUAGUCAUAACAAGAUGCCAGUGAUUUUGAAUAGUUUGUUGUAGAUAUUCAGUGCAAAAUAGUGAAAAUAUUUGGAUUCUUCAGAAGUGCUAUAGUUGUUGGUCAUUGCCUUAAAGCAGUCUGCUUGACGUUAGGAGCACUGAAGCAGUCCAGCUCCAUCAAGAGCACUGUGUUGAAGGGAGAACCCUUGUUCAAGAAGCCUUAGAAGGGGAUCCUUAAAAUAGUACUCUACGCAGACAAGUGAAAAUUCUUUUAAACUGGAUAUUAAUCAACAUGUUUUCAGAUGUUUCCACUACACUGAGGCAAACUUUUUAAAAGUGGAAUGCAAAUAGCAUUUUACUUUAGUAUUUCUGCUUUUUUCUUUGUUUCUUUGGUAAUUGAAAGUUUGUUGAUGAAUAUUUGUGUAAAACUCAUUCAAGUCUAUAACCUUUCCAAUUACCUGUGGCCCUGUCUUAGUCCCACGGGAGUCCCUGUUGGAAGGGGUAAACACUGGAUAUUAAUGUUGCUGAGUGAGUCUUUCUAGCCAGGACAAGCUGAUUGAAAUUUCUGAAUGGUAGAGAAGAAACAGCACAAAGGCACUUGCCAUUUUAAGUGUUUGGAGAAAGAGAACCUUUUAAGUUUGGACUGGGUGAGCUUUCUUCUAAAAGGAGCUUCUGAAGUAAUUGCAAAGGAAUAGAAUCGACUAUUUUUAUAGUAUAUUUAAUAUAUUUGUAUAUAACUAUGAGUAUAAUAGGAACCCUCUACAUGCCUCCCACUUUUCUAAUUUACUUCCCUUUUUGCCAUAGCACUAGUAUAGCCUCAUCCGCAUGGGUAAUGUGCCUAUUGUCAGCCUACCAAAAGAUAGUGCUGCUGCUUUAUGAGACAGGUGAGAAGACCCAACUCUCAUGCCUGGGGAUCCUUUACGGAAGGAAUAGCACACACUUUUAAAACAACAUACCACAGUCUAAAAGCAUCAUUUGGAACUGUAACAAGCACUUUAUUGCAAUUACUCAUUUUGAUAAAGUUUAUUCUUAGGCGUUAACCAUUUCUAAAGGAUCCCCAAAUCAUCACUUAGGUGAAAUUAUAUAAAAUGACACAUUUCUGAGAAAUGUUUAGAUCCAGUGAACCGUAGUUGGUUUAUGGGAGCGAUUUCAAGAUAGCCAAAUGAACUUUGACUUUUGUUUUGAAUGUGGUGGAGUCAAGAGAUUGUAGAUGCCUAGUUUGAUUUAAACACUAUUGUAAACCUAUCUUGCCUAUUGUGUGGACACCAAAAGAGACCAAUGAGCCUGUUUAUUUUUCAGAGGUCUAGGAAAAUUGCAUCCGUGUGAGUAGAUGUACAGAACUAAUCUAAAAGUGAUUGCUAGUAAUAUUUUAGAAUAUAAUAAUUUCAAGAAUUAUUCUGAGUGUUUUAAAUGUGCCCUGAAAUGUUGGCAUGUCAUUUCAGCGUUUCCAUUUGAAUUGCUCUUGUAAUAUUUUUGCACAAAAAGGACUGAGAAAAAGACUACUUUGGUUAAAGGAAAAAAAGUAUAAUUUGAUCUUUAAUUUUAAUGUCUCCUGUGGAAACACUGGGGAUGAAUUUUGUUGACACAGUUAUUCAGGAUAUUUAAAAGUGUUGAACAGCUCACAAGAAAUUAAGCAAACUUGGAUUUUUAAAAUUAAAAUACUUUCUUUCCAUGUGACUGUUUUGCAUAGUUUUUUCCCCCUAUGUCAUAACACUACAUUCCUUUUCUUAAAUAAAAUACUGUGCAGGUAUUGUUGUGAGUGUUUAACAGUAUUUUGUAAGCUGCCUGGGUUUCCUCAGGGAAACAUUAUUUAGUGGAAUAAUUUAUGGAGAGACUGUUAAGUGAAAUUCCAUCACCACCACCAGCAAACACUGAGGUGCUGCAUUAAGUGACAAUCAAACUAGUAAGUAUUUAUGAAAGAAUUUAGAAAGGGAUUCAAAGAAGCAAUUGCUUUUAAAACAGUUCUCUGGGGUUGUUGAAUAAAAAUGGCUAAAUGUAUUUAUUUGUAUUUUAAAAUAUCUGUGUGUUCUGUUUUCUCAUCAAAGUGAUUUCCGUGUCAUGUAUUUAAUUUGUGGUUUGUUUUGUUUUGCACCAUAUUCUUCUUAGAGAACUGGCUCUGGUUUGGGGUGCAGUCACCAACUCUCAUGAUAAUCUUUACGGACAGUCUGAACCUACUUUACUUCAGGACGGCAGUGGAGGGGCCAACUCCAGAUGCCCCUGCACUUCCCUCCUCAAGUCAUCUAAGAAAGAAUUUAAAAAAUAACUUCUUUCAAAUCUGAUUCAUAUAGUUCCAACCUUUUUCUAGUUUUCACUUGCUGCCUUCUCUGUUUUAUGGGCACUUUUUUUAUGAUUACUUCCCCAACACAGCCAAAGGCCAGUACGACAACCAAUGGCACAUGAUGCCUCUAUUUUGCCCAACUGGGGAAAUGUUAGUAAAAGAAAUAGCAUCUUUUAAUGGCUGUCAUUAUCAUAUCCAUAUUAAAAUCCAUUUAAAGUUCUUAAAUUUGGUGGAAUAAUGUAUACAGGCUGAAAACUUCUACAAAAAAUGUUUGCUGUCUUUAACAUGGUGUCGUGUUACUUGGUCCUUUGAAAACAAAACAAAACUUCCAUACACAGCACUGCCCAAUAAAGCAGUGUUGGAAUAUUGGAAGCCUAGACAUUUGAGGAUCCUUCUUGGUCACAUGCAUUAGAACAGAAUCCUCCACUUUAGGACUCAGAGAAGCUAUGGAGUCCCAUAGGCUAGGUACAGCACACAACUUAGAGAAUGGUAGUUAAAGCACGUCAACCACAAUUCAGUGAUCUAAAAAACAUUUCUUAACUCUGAGGGUUAAAAUGAAGACAAUGUUUUCAAAUAAAAGCUUUUACAUUUCUUAGGAAACAAACUGUGACAUCGCUUUUAAAAAUGACAUUCAAAUGUUUAUAAUGUGUGUUUUUGAGUUGGCUUGGACUAGUACAAGUUCACUGCUGGCAGUGGUUGUGCCAGUACUUAAGUUAAAAUAAGUUGUUACCUUCAGAUUGAUGUCUUGUAUAACCAGACAAUCAUCUUCAAGCAAAAAAAUUGGCCAGGAAAUGUCUUUAUUUAAAAAAAAAAAAAAUCUGUCAGCCAGAACAGCUAUCACUUAGACCAUUCUGGAAUGAUUUUGAAAUCUUUACUAUGGUACAAAGUUGGGGAAGGCCUCAGUAUGGCACUUUCAUAUUCACUCUAUGUAAAGAUUGAAGCCCAAAGAUGAGUUAAAUUCAGUGCUGUAUUGAAACCAGUCAGUGCAAAAAAAAAAAAAAAAAAAAAAAAAAUUAUCUUUGUAAAUUUUUCAUUGUUAACAUCAGUUGGUAGUUGUUAAAACAUGCACCAAAUUCUUUAUAAUGUUCUGUGUGGUUCUCAAUGUGAUAUUCUUGACGUUGCUGUCCUUACUGCUUGGUUCUUGGUUUUAAAUUAAAAAGUAGAUGUAGCCCAUCAUUUUUACUUCCAAAACGGUGGAGCUAAAAACGGCUAAUUGAUCUUGAGAUAAGAAUACCCUUUACUAAGGCAAAGAUUUAAUUGAAAUCCAAAUUGAUUUACAGAAAUGAAACUGACAUUUUCCAUUUGUUGUCUUCUGCCAAAAUUCUGAAUUGCACACACGCAUGAGGGAUAAUGAAUGGUUUCAACGGUGCUAUAUUAGGUUCUCUGAUUUUCAUGACCUAUGUAUGUUUGGAAAUACAAUAUUGUAUAAAAUGUGGAUCGUUUUGUUACCGAUUUAAUAUUGCCAUUUUAAUUUGGUGUAACAAUUGGUUACACUUGUUUUUCAACGCUAUCCUUUGAGGAGAAAGUCAAAAUGUUGUUAGCCUACCUCCACUCAGGCCUCUUGCUGUGUAAUCAUUAUUCCAGGUUAUGAUGUGCAUAGCUUUUAAAACUGCGUGUACUAUUCUGCUCUUUCCCAUACUCUUGUCAUGUAUUCAGAACCUAAACUUAUAGCAAAAGAGCCAAGCAGUAGUUUUUUUGUAAAUGUAAAAAUAAUUAGAUCCAGACUUUGUUUCCUUCAAUUUUAAAAAUAAAAAAUACCUCAGUGCUAUGUUUUUCAGUAUCACCUGCAUUUCUCAAGAAAUAACACCUGCUUCAUGUGGCACAUAACUUGUAAGAAUCACAUUUUGGAUUUUAAAGAAUAUUAAAUAUUUUAAGAUCGCAAUCAA